GCGGAAGCAUCCAUCCGCCCACAUACUUUUAAUCUCCUCAAUAUUUCCUUUUUGACGCCCCAUAAACGCCACCCGAACGGGUAGCCAAUCUGUUUCUCCACCAAAGUAUAGUUUUUUGAAAUCUGAAAGAUCGCAAAUUAAUCGUAAGUACCGUAGCGCUUCUUCUAGAUCGUGGCUUUCUCUCGUUUCUGUGAUUAAUUGAGCAUGCAUGCGAGUCCGAGUCCGAGUACGAACGCAGAGCGGCAGCAAGCGGCGGCGCAAGUCUGUGUGCAGAAGGAAGGAAGUACAGUAUACUGUACAGCCACUAAAGCGGGCGGGAGUAAGCGGGGGCGGGAGAAGGGAAGUGGGAGUUUUCCGCUGGAGCGCUAGCUCUCUUCUAGCUUAGUCAUGAGCCCAAUUUCUUCAUUCGAUUCCGUUUCAAUUGAUGGCCGAGGCUGGCUUUCUUCUUAACAACGACAACGAAAACGAAGACAACAUGUUCGAUAUCCCCGAUGCGAAGAGAAUCCGCCGCGCAGACCUAACAAUGCAUUCCCGCUCCGCAUCCCCCUCACCAUCACCCUCCCCGGAGCUUCAAAAAGCCCUGAACGCGCACCUCGCGUCCCUCUACGGCCCCAUCUCUUCUUCCCCUCCCUCACCAACUCAGCAUCCCCAGCCCCAACACCCCUCAUCACAAAAACAAACCCCCUCAUUCGAACCCUCCGUCGAAUUCGAAUUCGAAUUCUGCCUCUUCUCCACCACCACCACCACCACCACCACCACCGGCGCCACACCGCAGAAAAUCAUCCUCGAAACCGACAACGACGAAGCAGAGACCAACAACCAAGCAGCUAGCGGAAGCAGCAGAGGAGGAUUCCUACGUCCGCGCCCAAGGGAGUAUUAUAUCUCCUCCGGUCCGAGUGACGAGGUUAGGGCGCACUAUGCGAGCGCUGCGCUGGAGGGGGAGGAUGUGCUGCGGUUAGCUGGGGGGCGGAAUUGGGGGCUGGAAGUCCCUUGGCGGGUUAGUGUUCUUCGAUCGAGGCAAUCGAAAGGCAUGGGUGUGGGGGAUGGGGCGAGGAUAGAGGGUGGAGAGGAGGAGGUUGAAAAGGGGAAGAAGACGAAAGCGGGGAAGAAGAGGAGGAUUUUGUUGCGGGAGAAGAGGAGGAAGAAGGAGGUUGCGGAGGAGGGGAGGAGGAGGAGGGAGGAGGAGAGGGAGGUGGCGGAGAGGGAGAAGAGGACGAGGAGGAAUAGGGAGAAGAAGGUUAAGAGGAAGAUGAAGGAGAGGGCUAUGAAGGGGGUUGGUGGUGGUGGGGGUGAGGGAGAGGGUGGGAGUGAAGGUGAUCGAAGGGAGUUUGUUGGUUAUAGAUAG